AGAAAGCGCUUAUAAAUUACCGUUUCUUCCUCCCCAUUGCUGUUAGUCUGCCUUGCCGCUCACGCCGAAGCACAUAAGGACGGAGGCAGAAACUGCCAAGACGCUGGACAGCUACCUGGACAGAAAAGAGCAGCUGCUAUAGGAAGAGAAAAUCCUUUCUGGAGAUACACCUCUUCAUUGUCUUACCCUAUGGAGGAACCAGCCCUGCCCAUCCACAUUGAGGAGGGGAUAGACGUUCUGACUGAAAACAAAACCAUGGCAACAAAGGAGAAGCUGCAGUGUUUGAAAGAUUUUCACAAGGAUAUCCUUAAACCUUCCCCUGGCAAGAGCCCUGGGACACGGCCUGAGGAUGAGGCGGAGGGAAAGCCACCACAACGGGAAAAAUGGGCCAGCAAGAUUGAUUUUUUGUUGUCCGUAGCUGGAGGGUUUAUUGGAUUAGGCAAUGUUUGGCGAUUUCCAUAUCUCUGCUAUAAAAAUGGCGGAGGUGCAUUUCUCAUACCUUAUUUCAUUUUUCUGUUUGGGGGAGGUCUUCCUGUAUUCUUCCUGGAAGUGGCCCUAGGACAAUAUACCUCUGAAGGAGGAAUUACCUGCUGGGAAAAGAUCUGCCCUAUUUUCUCUGGAAUAGGUUAUGCUUCCAUAGUGAUUGUGUCUCUUUUGAAUGUAUACUACAUCGUCAUCCUGGCUUGGGGAUUGUACUAUCUAUUCCAGUCAUUUUCGUACACCCUGCCAUGGGCUUAUUGUCAUCAAGAAUGGAAUACAGAAAACUGUGUGGAAGACACCCUCAGGAAGAACAGAACACUGUGGCUGUCACUCAAUUCCACUAACUUCUCAUCUCCUGUCAUAGAAUUUUGGGAGCGGAAUGUUCUGGGGUUGACUUCAGGCAUUGAUGAACCUGGUAUUAUCAAAUGGGACCUGGCUCUUUGUCUUUUCCUUGUCUGGGUGAUUUGUUUCUUUUGCAUUUGGAAAGGUGUGAAGUCAACCGGGAAAGUUGUAUACAUAACAGCAACAUUUCCAUUCAUCAUGCUUUUUGUACUCUUAAUCCGUGGUGUCACUUUACCUGGAGCUGCAGAGGGCAUCAAAUUCUACCUUUACCCGAACAUCACUCGUCUGUCCGAUCCAAUUGUCUGGAUAGAUGCUGGCACACAGAUCUUCUUCUCCUAUGCAAUCUGCUUGGGCGCAAUGACUUCAUUGGGGAGCUACAACAAAUACAAAUACAACUGUUACAGGGACUGUUUGCUGCUGGGAUGCCUGAACAGUGGUACCAGUUUUGUGUCUGGCUUCGCAAUUUUUUCCGUCCUGGGCUUCAUGGCACAAGAGCAAGGGGUGGACAUUGCUGAUGUGGCAGAGUCAGGUCCAGGUCUGGCCUUCAUUGCUUAUCCAAAAGCUGUGUCCAUGAUGCCGCUGCCAACUUUUUGGGCUAUUCUUUUCUUUGUUAUGCUUCUGUUGCUUGGCCUGGACAGCCAGUUUGUUGAAGUUGAAGGGCAGAUCACCUCGUUAGUUGAUCUGUACCCAUCCUUCCUAAGGAAGGGUUACCGACGGGAAAUCUUCAUUGCUAUAAUCUGUUUCCUCAGCUAUCUUCUGGGACUAUCUAUGGUGACUGAAGGUGGCAUGUAUGUGUUUCAACUCUUUGACUACUAUGCAGCUAGUGGUGUAUGCCUUUUGUGGGUCGCAUUCUUUGAAUGCAUUGCUGUAGCCUGGGUUUAUGGCGCUGACAAUUUUUACGAUGCCAUUGAAGAUAUGAUUGGUUACAGGCCUGGUCCUUGGAUGAAAUGGAGCUGGAUUGUAAUCACACCAAUUCUCUGCGUGGGGUGCUUCAUAUUUUCUCUAGUCAAGUAUACCCCCCUGACCUACAACAAGGAUUACAUCUACCCUACGUGGGCAAUCGGUCUGGGUUGGAUACUUGCUCUUUCAUCUAUGAUCUGCAUCCCACUGGUUACAGUUAUCCGUAUUCUGCAGUCAGAUGGCUCUCUUCUGGAGAGGGUGAAGACAAUGGCUGCUCCUCGUGAGAUCACACGGUGGGACAAAGAAACAGAGGUUGCUGCCACAUUUGGCCCUCCUGGCCUGGCCAACGGAGAACUGAUCAAGCCAAGUCAUGUCAUCGUGGAGACAACAAUGUGAGCUCUCUCUAUGAGAGGAGGACACCUGCUUUAAAACUGCUGUUUACUAACCAUAGAAUCUUUCAUAGGACCAGGUUUACAGAGCUUUAUAUUUGCACUAGGGUUAUUUUUAUUUCUCAUAGAGAAAAGUAAUUUUUGUGUGUGUUUGGUUUUUAUUUUUUAAUAUUUUGUAAAGUAAAUCACAGCAGAUGGCUGUCCUGCUCUAUUUAGAAACAGAGCUUUCAUAUCAAAUUAGGCACACUGCAGGAAUUUAUCUUCUGUUUUCCACACAGCAUAUCUAACUAACUUUUAUUCAUACAGCUACUUUACCAUUUUUAGUUGAUUCUUCUUGCCAACAGUAUACCCAGGCACAAUCCUAUGCAUACUAUCUUGCAAAUAUGCCUCAAUGAACAUAAUUUCUUAUGGGACUUACUUCUGAGUAGACAUAUGUAGGAUUGUGCUGAUAUGUAUGCAUACAUGUACACAUAUACAAGUUUUAGGUUCCUCUGGGUGUUGAUGUGGUUGGGAACAGUGUAGUGCAAAAUGUUAUUUUGGACUUUUUUAACCAAAAAAAAAAAAAGCUGUGGCAUUUUAGAAACUGGUUUUUCAAGGUGUGGCACUAUCGUCUGCUAGAUACAAAAAGAACUAAAGAGGGAGUACAUGAUUUUAUGUUGCUGUGAACCAUGUGACAAUAUAUUUAUGUGAUAAUUGGAAGCUGCAAUAUUGUAACUUCAAUUGUAUGCCAGCCAUUUUUUUGUGUGUGGGAUGGGUGGCCAUGUAAAUUUGAUAAAUAAAUAUAAGCUGGGGUUGGAACUAGGGGAAUAAUCUGAGCAGCUUGUGAACAUGCUCUUAAGAAGGUGGCAGAAUCAUUCUUGCUAGAAAGGCAUUUUAAUAAUCUUUUGGGGGCAUCACUGGAGGAAUUGAUUCUGCUUUCACUAACAAAGACAGUUUCUCUGCAGACUUAAAUACAGAGUACGGUUGAAUUUCUCAUAGAUUUUAGAGGGAUUAACUAAAAGAUGAUGUAAAAUACUGGUAAGCCUGAAUCUGUCACCUAUUGUUAUCCGAGCCUUAGACAGGAAUAUAAAUUUGACAGUGUAAUCAUGUAACUAAAGAGUAUAAAAACUGGCCCAUUCUUGUAGUCUGCACCUGAGAAAGAAGUCGUUUGGACUUGGAUUUUGUUAGAACGUUAGGUUAGUGUCAUUAAACUCAUUAUAUAAUGUUACAUUUACAAAGAUGCUGCAAACCAUAUUUAAAGUCACAAAUUUGCCAAACUUUAUCUUUGUUAGAACGAAAAAAGGAGUAUUGGGCGUGUAUCAUAGCAGUCAGCUAAGUUGCAUAGCGUUGAGUGCAGAUGCAGAAAAAAGUGCACUAGAACCUAUUGAUGAAGCUACUACAACAAAGCACAGAAGGAAUACAGUUGAGAAAAGAAAAGAGUAGACUGAUAUUCACAGGUUUAAACUGUCAUCGUGCACUAGAACCUAUUGAUGAAGCUACUACAACAAAGCACAGAAGGAAUACAGUUGAGAAAAGAAGAGUAGACUGAUACUCACAGGUUUAAACUAUCAUCGUUGUGCGCUAGAACCUAUUGAUGAAGCUACUACAACAAAGCACAGAAGGAAUACAGUUGAGAAAAGAAAAGAGUAGACUGAUAUUCACAGGUUUAAACUGUCAUCGUUUAUAUCCAUUGAUCCAAGGAAACACAAGGAGAUCAAGUAAGCUAUAAAUUUAUUUUAGAUUGAACGAGGCAUAAAAUACUCAAUGGGAGUUUUAUUGGUAAGUUCCCCACUUUUCCCAAAAUGAGGAUUUGCCUCUGGAAAACUCACCCCAAAUCCUGCGAAGCUUAUGUUUUGUUUUCAACCUUCAUUGAGUAGUGGCUCAAUUCUUUUCCAUAUGGGCAUUGAUCUUGGGGGAAGGGUGCCCCCUUUAAGCUUUUUAUUGGUAAUAAACACAAUUUGAGCAAGGUUGUGAGCCAGAAAUAGCAAAGCCCCUUUCCUUUCUGCUAAUUUUGUCUGUCAAUCAAGAUACUGUAGUCGAAACUGGAAUUUAGCCAGUAUUUGAAAACAUUCCUAUAUGCUUUAAGAAAAGAAAGAAAUUAAGAAUCAGUUUGUGUCUUAUGCUCUCUAUGGCCACUGCAUAUGCAAUAUGCACAUACUUGUUAUGUUAGUUUUAUAUAUAUAUAAAAAAGAACUGUAAAUAAAGGACCAAAACAGUUAUUUCAGGUGUCUUGUUUAGCUAAUAUUUGUUUGUGGAUGGAGUCUGUGAUUUAUUUUAUUUGAGGGAACAGAGCUUGCAGUAUAUGCAGGAGGCCAUGAACAGAAUGCUUUGCUUUCUUGUUACCAAGAGCUGAUGAGUAAACACUUCCAGAGUACAAAUCCUUUGGAAAUGUUUAUCUUCCUACUAUACUGAAAAAUGGCCAGUAAAAAGGUUAGUUACAGAAGAGGCAAGGAAGCCAAGAGAAAGCUACUAUGUGGCUUCAUUUUUUGAUCCUGCAAAACCAAAGAUGCAGGGCAUUGGUAUUGCAAACCCCAUUGCAUUCCAGAUUGGACUGCAGCUUAAUUAAAUGAACCACAAGUCCUUGAUAUCAUUGAAGACAGCAAGAAAUUAGGAUGAAGGCGAGUUUAACAGUUCAUUCACUUGACUUCCCUGGUGCAUUUUACAUGAAAGAUAGUGCAAUAUUUUGCUAGUUUCUAGAACAGCCACUGAACCAAAAGCAGAUAUAUCAGCCAAGGGACUACGCUAAAGCACAUGGCAUGAGAUGAUGUUUUUCAAGAACAAACCAGAGAAUCAGUCCCAUCCUGUAGACUUCCAUCUAAGAUGAGUAGAACCCAACCCAUUUCAAGGUUAAACUGUGCAAUCAGAAUCAGUUCUUUCCAGCUAAAAAAGUAAACAGGUUUUAUAGUCAUGACCUGAAGUCAUGAAGGACUCUUACAAGGAAAAAAAAAAGUUAAUCAGAUUGUCACAUAAGAUUCAGCCCAUCAACCUUCAGUUUGUUUCAAGGAUCAUAUUUUCACAUAGCAAAACUUGUGAAUAAUAGAAUGUGUUAUAUCUGAAUGUUAAGAAUAGAUUCUGCCAAAUAAGGCCAAUGGAUGGGGGUGGGGUGGGGUAGGGAAAACUAUUAAUCGUUUGUAUUUUCUACUUAUUUAUGACUACAAAAAGAUUGAUUUUUUUUUUCUAAUUCACUUUGUAGAAUUGUGUGGCCUAUUUUAUCCAUCAUUUGUAAUGAAGAAGUUAAAUAUUCAGUAUUGUGACUAACUUGUGGGUGAAUUGGUUUGGAUAUGGGGUGGGUGGGGAUAUUCUUAAUGUUUAUUCAAAGACAUUGUAUUUCCAAAAAAGGGGGUGGGGACUGGGAGGAACAUUAGAGUGCAACAGUUCAUUGUCAUGGAAACAUGGUUUGUUUUCUAAACUGCUCUAGAUGUGUAUAAGGUUAAAAAAAAAAGGUUAUAGCAGCAUUAAAUGGGCAUUUGCUAAUCAAAACAGUUGGACAUACCUCUGUUUGCAACCAGCCAUUUCAGGCUUGUUUCCAAUCAAGGCAAGCUCUUUAGAUGUCUGGAAAUGUGUCCUUCUCUUAGUCCAAUCUUUCAAGCUGUCAACAUUCUCACAAAUAACCAUAGUACUAAUGGAAGGUAUGGUUAAAUAAUUGUAUAACUAAUUCACAUUUCAAAGUAUAUUGUCUUUAGACAUUUGUACUUGAUUACAAUGAAACUAAACUUACAAGGCAGAAUAAGUAUCAGCCCAGCUGAAAACCUAAUGGAAAUAAAUUAUUUGAUCACUAACUGUUGAAUGGCCAUAGAAGCAGGAAUAGAGAUAUGAUGAGAAGAGGAAGAACUGGGGGACAGAUGGUUUCUAAUAUAAGAAAACCUAAAAUAAAUAAAAUAAAACCUAAAAUAAAUGGAUAAAACAGGGGCCAUAGCUUGUUUAGCUAAGAUGGCCCAAGACCAGAGUUUUUUUCGUUAACAUAACCACUCUUACUCCAUAAAUUCUUUACAUGCACAAUUGCUACA